AUGGACAAUCCUCCUCGUUCCUCCUCAUCAGCUGCGAGGACUGAGAGACACGGACCUCGAUCGAGAUGGUCACGUUUCUUGCUCUCCAAGAACCGGGGCUACAUUCUACUGAUAUCUCCAAUACUCAUUUGCGUCUGCUUUUUAUUUCUGUUUCAAAUGCUGUUGCCUGAUGUUGUAGUGGAGGAGAAGUCAGGAAGUUCAUUGAGAGUCGACGAAACCAUGGAUUAUGGGAAUCUGAUUGGUUUUGAGGAGAUGGAAGGCUUAGAUUUUGGAGAGAGUGUUAGAUUCGAGCCUUCCAAUAUUUUGAAGAAAUUUAAAAAGGAAGACGGAGGGUUGGAUCCGUUCAACAGGAUACAGCAGCGCUUUGAUAUAAGGAAACCACAGCUUGCUUUAGUUUUUGCCGAUUUAUUGGUGGAUCCCCAACAAUUGUUGAUGAUGACUCUGGCGACUGCAUUGCUAGAGAUUGGCUACACAAUUGAGGUUUAUUCUCUCAAAGAUGGUCCUGCACACACUAUUUGGAAAGAGAUAGGAGUUUCAGUCUCUAUUAUUACAAUUAGCCACAAGGAUGUGCCCGUUGUUGAUUGGCUCAACUAUGACGGCAUACUAUUGAACUCUCUGGAGGCCAAGGAUGUCUUUUCAUGUUUUAUGCAGGAGCCUUUAAACUCUAUACCUCUUAUAUGGACUGUCCAUGAAGCAGCUCUUGCUAUUCGUUCAAAACAAUAUGCUUCAGCUUGGCAGAUUGACCUUCUAAAUGACUGGAAAAAUCUUUUCAACCGUGCUACAGUUGUUGUCUUCCCAACCUAUGCCCUGCCGAUGAUCUACUCUGCAUUUGAUGCUGGAAACUAUUACGUCAUUCCUGGUUCUCCAGCCAAAGCAUGGGAAGCAGAGAGUAUGAUGGCAUUUUACAAAGAUGAUCUACGUGCGAAGAUGGGCUAUGGGACUGACGGCUUUGUCAUUGCAGUAGUUGGAAGCGAAUUCUUGUACAGGGGCUUGUGGCUGGAGCAUGCACUUGUUUUACAGUCUUUAUCACCUCUUUGUGCGGUUGACAAUCUAAAUUCAAAUCUCAAAAUCCUUAUUUUAAGUGGGCAUUCAACAAAUAAUUACAGUGCAGCUGUGGAGGCCAUUGCUCUUAAAUUAAAAUAUCCUAGGGGUGCUGUGAAGCACAUAUCUACUGAUGGGGAUGCGGAAGGUGUUCUAAGCAUAGCUGAUAUUGUGGUGUACGGAUCCUUCCUUGAGGAGAAAUCUUUUCCACAAAUUUUGGUGAAAGCCAUGUGCUUUGGGAAACUGGUUAUAGCCCCCGACCUCUCCAUGAUCAAGAAAUACGUUGAUGACAGGGUGAAUGGGUAUCUUUUCCCUAAGGAGAAUAUUAAGGUUCUGCCACAGAUUAUAUUGCGAGCCACCUCGAAAGGAAAAUUAUCUCCUUUAUCUAGCAAUGUGGCUUCUUUGGCUAGAGAAACUGCUAAGAACCUGAUGGUUUCAGAAACUAUUGAUGGUUAUGCUUUGCUACUUCAAAAGGUUCUCAAGCUUCCAUCUGAAGUUUCAUGCCCAAAGGAAGUUAGCGAAAUCCCUUCAAAAUAUAAAAAAGAAUGGAGCUGGCAUCUAGUUAAAGACUUCUUAAAUUCAACUUACGAAAAUAAAAGCUUGAGAAGUUACAGAUUUUUAGAAAAAGUCGAGGAGCAGUGGAACAAUACUCAGAAGGUGAGCUCUGAUUUUACGAAUGCUACCGAUGACUCAUAUUUGUUUGACUUCUGGGCUGAGGAAAGGUACAGUGAAAUGGUAGAUUCUAGAAGAAGAAGGGAAGAAGAAGAGUUAAAAGAUAGAACUGAACAGCCUCAUGAAAAAUGGGAGGACCUGUAUCGAAAGGCCAAAAGGGCUGGUCUGUUGAGGGAUCAAUUGCAUGAAAGGGACGUAGGAGAGCUUGAAAGAGCUGGUCAACCAUUGUGUAUUUAUGAACCAUACUUUGGGGAAGGAACCUGGCCUUUUCUACACCUUAAUUCACUUUAUCGUGGUAUUGGGCUGUCCAGCGAAGGUCGAAGACAGUGGACAGAUGAUAUUGAUGCACCCUCUCGUUUGCUGCUUCUUAACAACCCUUACUAUCGAGAUACACUUGGUGAAUAUGGAGCCUUUUUUGCAAUUGCCAAUCGUGUUGACCAGAUUCACAAACAUGCUUGGAUAGGGUUUCAAUCUUGGAGAACAACCGCAAGACAGGCUUCAUUGUCUAGGAUUGCUGAAAAGUCGCUUUUAGAUUCAAUAGAAUCCGGAAGUCUUGGAGACACACUCUACUUUUGGGUUCGCAUGGACAUGGAUCCAAGAAACCGCUUGCGGCAGGAUUUUUGGUCUUUCUGUGAUGUUAUAAAUGCUGGAAAUUGCAAGUUUGCUUUCUCUGAGACCCUUAAGAAGAUGUAUGGCUUUAAGAAAGACUUGGAUUCUUUACCAUCCAUGCCUGAAGAUGGCGAUACAUGGUCUGUUAUGCAUAGUUGGGUGUUGCCAACCAGGUCAUUCCUAGAAUUCGUUAUGUUUUCAAGAAUGUUUGUGGAUGCGCUGGAUGCUCAGAUGUAUGAUGAUCACUAUCAAACUGGGCGCUGUUACUUGAGUUUAUCCAAGGAUAAACAUUGUUACUCGCGCCUGCUUGAGUUACUUAUCAAUGUGUGGGCAUACCAUAGUGCAAGGGGGAUGGUCUACAUCAAUCCUGUGACCGGCAUGAUGCAAGAACAGCAUACCGUGAACAAUAGAAGGGGUAAAAUGUGGAUCCAAUGGUUCACAUAUUCCACACUCAAGAGCAUGGACGAAGACCUGGCGGAGGAAGCAGAUAGUGAUCACCCCAGGAGGCGAUGGUUGUGGCCUUCAACUGGUGAGGUUGUCUGGCAAGGUGUGCUCGAAAGAGAGAAAGAACAACGUGCUCUACAAAAAGAGAGGAGGAAUCAGCGGAGGAAGGAAAGGAUCUCCAGGAUGAAAGCUAGACGCAAGUAUCCGGUAAUAGGAAGAUAUGUGAAGCCCCCCCCACUAGAGGAUAAGGAAAACUUGAACUCGACAAUGGAUACAAUAAGCCCCCCACUCGAGGAUAAAGAAAACUCGAACUCUACAAUGGAUACAAUAAGCCCCCCACUAGAGGAUAUGGAAAACUCGAACCCUACAAUGGAUACAAUAAAAGCUACUAAAUAGAAACUAAUCUCUUGGAGUCAUCGAGUCAUCUCACCAGUUUGCUAAUUUUUUGAGUGGAAGGAUGAAUGAAUUUGUAUUUUGUUUUGUAA